UGGGAUCCUGAAUGCUUAUAGCUGCUUGCUGAAACAGUGAAGAUUCUGUCUCAGCUUUGAGACAGUAGGAAGAAAAAUUUUUCCAAGAGACUUGCUGAUUUUAAGCUUUAGAUGUUGGCUGUCAGGAUUUGUCUGUGCCUCCAGAACCUCUCUGUUCCUAUGCAAGCACAGCCUUGGAAUCUAGCAGUAAACUAAUUUUUUUUUCCACUCUACCACUCGGUGCACUGACCGAAGCCUGGUAGAGAGGGAUUGACGUUGGGUCUCUUGUGAGGAUUUAAGCACCCCUUCCACUUGCCUGGGACGCCUCCUGUGUUACAGAAUCUGCCUUCAGGUCCAGGGAUUUCCUCUAAUAUGUUGGAUAAAGCCAAGACACUCCAGCCUGCCUAUGUUGGGAUUGUGCCGCUUGCAGAGACUGUGUCAAAGCAAGGGAAAAGCUGUUCAGGCACAUAUCAGGAUUCAUACCACAGCUUGCGAGAAGUGCUGCAGUUGAAGCUCCAGCAGCGACGCACACGGGAGGAGCUGGUGAGCCAAGGGAUCAUGCCGCCUCUGAAAAGUCCAGCUGCAUUUCAUGAACAAAGAAGGAGUUUGGAGCGGGCCAGGACAGAGGACUAUCUGAAACGGAAAAUCCGGUCCCGGCCGGAGAGAUCAGAGCUGGUUAGGAUGCACAUUCUGGAAGAGACCUCAGCUGAACCCUCCUUGCAGGCUAAGCAGCUGAAGCUGAAGAGAGCCAGACUGGCAGAUGACCUUAAUGAGAAGAUAGCGCAGAGGCCAGGCCCCAUGGAGCUGGUGGAGAAGAACAUCUUGCCUGUGGAAUCGAGCCUGAAGGAAGCUAUUAUUGUUGGACAGGUGAACUACCCAAAGGUUGCAGACAAUUCCUCCUUUGAUGAGGACAGCAGUGAUGCCCUCUCCCCGGAACAGCCAGCCAGCCAUGAGUCCCAAGGGUCUGUCCCAUCACCGAUGGACUCUCGGAUUUGUGAGCCUCUCCCUAGCACCACUGGCACAUCACUAGCUCAGGGUUCAUCCCAGUUGCAGAUUAGUGCAGACUCCAGUGAAACUCUUUUCCUACCUGAGCAGCCACCCCCGCCUCUGCCACCUCCACCUCUUCUGCCCCCUAGUCUUACCAAUGGAGUGGCUCUUACUGCUGCCAAGCCCCCACCAACACUCAUUAAGCAAAGCCAGCCCAAGUCUGCUAGUGAGAAGUCUCAGCGCAGUAAAAAAGCCAAGGAGUUGAAGCCGAAAGUCAAGAAGCUUAAAUAUCAUCAGUAUAUUCCCCCGGACCAAAAGCAGGACAAGGGAGCUCCUCCCAUGGAUUCAUCCUAUGCCAAAAUACUGCAGCAGCAGCAGCUCUUUCUCCAGCUUCAGAUCCUCAACCAGCAGCAGCAGCACUACAACUAUCAGACGAUCCUGCCAGCCCCACCAAAGCCUCCAGGGGAGCAGCAGAGUAGUACCAGUGCCCCUGCCGUGCGCAAUCUCUCUGCCACAGUCAGCAGUGCAUCUUCAGGAUCCUCUGGUUCCAGUGGGUUGAUGAGACAAAACAGUAAUGCUGCGGUGGGCAAGCCUGGCCCUCUCCCUGCCAACCUGGAUGAGAUGAAGGUAGCAGAGCUGAAGCAAGAGCUGAAGUUGAGGGCCUUGCCUGUCUCAGGCACAAAGACGGACCUGAUUGAGCGUCUCAGAGCUUACCAAGAGCAGAACGGUACAGCCGGCCAAACAACCUCCGCUCCCAAAUCCAGCACAGCAGCUGUCCUCACAAAAGCUGCUGAAGUGGUGGUAGCCUUCCCAGCUGCCAGGCUGAGCACAGGGACAGCCCUUGUCACCACUGGCAUUGCACCAGCAGAAGUAGUUGUGGCCACAGUCACAGGUGGCAGCGUGAUGAAGUUUGGCAGCACAGGCUCGACUCCUCCUGUUUCUCCAACUCCUUCCGAGCGCUCACAAAUGAGCACAGGGGAUGAGAACUCGGGCACUGGAGAUACCUUUGGAGAGAUGGUGACCUCACCCCUCACCCAGCUCACCUUGCAGACAUCUCCAGUGCAGUUCCUGGUGAAGGAAGAAAGCACCAAGUCUGCCUCCUGCAGCAUAAAUGCAGCACCCAGGUCAGAGCGGUGUAGCACUGGUAACAGCAGAGAUGCAGAAAUUAGGGACAAAGACCAGAUGCUGCAGGAGAAGGACAAGCAAAUCGAGGAACUCACCCGCAUGCUGAAACAGAAGCAGCAGCUGGUUGAGAUGCUUAGGCUACAGCUGGAGCAGGAGAAGCGCUCUCAGCAGUCACAACUGGCCCCAACGGCUGCGGGAGAAGGAACAGCCCUCGCCUCCAAGCCAGGAGCAUUUGGCACCCAGGUCAAGAGUGAAAAUGGUUUCCUGAGUUGCCAGUUUGCGAAGCAAUCCAGUGGCCAAACAGACCAAUUCAGCCCUGCACCACCCGCUAGCCAAAUGGACACUUCAAAUCCAAGCCCAGUGCCAAAGAAAGCCGUGAUGGUGAAGCAGGAGGUGCCAGCCGCGGAAGCAGAGCCGUUGUGCCAGUCCCACAGCCCGCGGCUUUUCCUUGGCCAGCAAGGGAGCGCCCUAAGCGACCUCAUCAAGGGCACCCCUCCCCCCACCCUCAUCACUGACUCCACAGGGACCCACAUCGUCCUCACCGUGACCAAGCAGAGCGCCGAGAGGCAGGGCCUCUCACCCCACGGAAAGGCAGGGAGCAGCUGCCCGGCCUUGCAGAGAGUACAAUCAUCACCUGCUAAAACUCCCAGCCAAGCGCCGUGUCAGCCACCUGCAAGCACCCCCCAGCAGCCCCCGCAGCAGCAGCAGCCCAGAGGACUAAACCAAUCCAAGCCCUCAUCACAGCCCAGCUCUCCUGCUGCCCCUUCCCCAUCCCAGAUGGACCUGGAGCAGCAACAGCACACGCCGCUUUUUGGAACUCCUCCACCUGCUCUUCCUGUUCCCUCGGUCCCAGUGAAAGAGCCACCACCAGGCUAUGAAGAGGCCAUGAAAAAACAGCCAAAGGCCCAGGAGAAUGGCUGUUCCAGCCAGCAGAUGGACGACCUGUUUGAUAUCCUCAUCGAAAGUGGAGAGAUUUCUGCUGACUUCAAGGAUCAGUCGUCCCCAGCUGGGAAAGAACCACCUGUGGCCUGCUCCCCACCGCCCAGCAGCCACCAUUCCUCAGAGCUGGCGGUGCCAGUGUCCUUGGGGCAGCCGGUGCUCGUGGGCCGGCUGGAGGACUUCCUGGAGAGCAGCACUGGCCUCCCACUGCUGACAGCAGGCCAUGAUGGGCCAGAGCCCCUGUCCCUGAUUGAUGACCUCCACAGUGAGAUGCUGAGCAGCUCGGCCAUCCUGGACCACCCGCCUUCACCUAUGGACACCUCGGAAUUGCACUUUGCUCACGAGCCAUCUGGGAGCAUAACCCUGGAUCUGGCUGAGGCUAACUUGGACAGCAUGGACUGGCUGGAGCUGCCAGGGGGGCCUGUCAUGAGCCUGGCUCCUCUGAGCACCGCAGCUCCCAGCCUCUUUUCCACAGACUUCCUUGAUGGACAUGAUCUGCAGCUGCACUGGGAUUCUUGCUUGUAAUUCUGUGAGCAGAGACUGAAGGGAAUGGGAGUGGGAGGGCACAGGCAUGCAGGGGGAAGAGGCCAGUCAACCAAAAAAAAACAAACAAGGUCCCAGUAUUUGUACUCCUCCCCUAACAGUGUCCUUCCUGCAUGAAGCCGGCAGUGGGCCAGGGCAGGGAGAACUGCUGCUGCAGGGGGAAGAAGCUGCAGGAGCUGUGGGGCUGGUGGCCUCCUGCCCACUCCAUGCAGCCUGACCCAGCCCAGGUGAGAGCAGAGCCGGCAGCCCCUCCUCCUCCAGGCAGGAGCAGUGAUGGCAGUGCAUUGCAGCCAGGAAUGAGUUCCCUCACGUGGGACAGAGCUGGGCCUGAGCUGUUUCCAGAAGCAGCACUCUGCACCUUUCUGGGAUUGGCAGAUAAAGGGGGUUGUGCUGCCCCAGCACGGUUGGUCUUAACGGUUGAUCUUAACGGCUGAGGAAGGGGAUCCUACCUCUGGAACAGGACACAAAAGCAGGAGAGCUGGCUGGGGGUCUGGAGUGGCUGCCCUCUGCACCACCUGCUGUCUGUCAGAGGAGGGUCUGAUCUGCCACAGGGCUGUGAGGAGCUGGGCAGAACAGGCACCUUUUCUAAAUGUAGCCAAAGGGAACCAGGGUGACCCACCAACCUGGUAAUGUCUAAGCUGGUUUCCCAAAUAUUGCUGAGCUUUGCAGAGGCCUGACUGCCUGCUUGCUUCACUCACCUUGGGCUGCAAAACAGAUUUUUAAGGUGCUAAAAUGAGGUCUUUAUAUGUUAAAACCGCUGUCAGUCACACCCCAUUGCCCCCAGCUUCCACAGCACUUGUGACAUCCCCAGGUGAGCAGGGCAGUCAGGGUGUGCAGGGGUAGGGACAAGAAAGUGCCUGCGUGCCCUGGGGAGCUGGUAAGGGGCACAGCUGGCAAUAAGCAACAUAUCAUUGGGGGCCACGUGCAAUCUGUUCUCCUGCCUUUGCUGUGUUGGUACCUCACUGUAGCAGGUGCCCCAGGGGAAAGAAGCAGCUGGGGAUAGAUGUCAGACCCAGUAGGUGAGAAAGGGAAAGUGGCACUGCAAAAGGGGAGUUGUAUGGCAUGGCACAGGUCCUGGCUCAGUAGUGCAACUGUGAGGGCCCCUUUCUGGGGAGAAGUGCAGGCCUAAAAGCAAGUACUGCUUUUAGGACAGCUGACCUCUGCUCUUCCUUUCCUCCUUUACCCAUGGGGUAAAAGGCAAAAGUAAAUGGCAGCUUAGUGUGAGCUGGUGCCCUGUGUCCCUGCAGGGCCCCAGGCUGGUGCCUCAGGGUAACUGCUGAAUGAGGAGUGGGUGGAAAAGCACCCAAAGCCCUCCAGAGCCAUGAUGAUACUAUUCCUUGUGCGGGGUUCUGUGUUGGAAACCCAGGCCUGUGGCUCACUCCUGUGCAGUUACUCCUGUUAAAUUCCUGUGUUAGUAGUAGCUCAUGGCCAUACUGAGCAGGUGGGACAUGGCUUAGGUAGCCCCAUGCAGCCACCUCACUGCACAGCUGUCCCAGCUUUGGCACUAAGCUGGGUCCAGGCUGCUCUGGCUCAGUGAGGUGGGGGAAGCCAUAGCUUCUGAAAUCAUACACACCGAGGUACUGGCCCUGCUCAGGCAAUGAAAGGAUCAGCCACCAUCCUCAAUAUCUGCUUGAGGAUGCUGUCCCAUCUUUCCCUUUCACUGGGCUGCAAUGCUUCCUGCUGGGGAGGGGUAGCUGUGAGCAGCCACAUGCUGCUCCCCUGCACCUUUGGUACAUGGGCCUCUUCUCAGGGGGAGGCUGGGCCACAGGAGUGUUGGUACUUCUGCUCCAUGGAGGAGCAGGUGAAUGCCAGCCCUGCAUGAUGUGCUCUCCCUCAGCCAUUAAACUGGCAGCUGGCUGUAGUCAUGUCUGUUUGAGCUGGGAGAAACUCCUGCUUUCCUGAGCCCUAUUUGCUUGUUAACUGCAUGGGGAGCCACUUUCUUAAUCAUUUGCAGGGGGAGCCUGCUGGCAGCUUCCUUCCUUUCUGCCCCUUUCUCUCUCCUCUCCCCCCCCUCCCCGAGUUGUAAGCAAGUCAGAGCCUCUUAUCUGCCUCCCUCAGUGUCUGGGCUGGGGAGGACACUGUCCCCCUUCCCCCUAGGCUUUCUGUUGCUCAAGCUACAGCAUCACAUCCUAAAAGUCAGAAUAAGAGACUGGUGGGCACCCCUUCACUCCCCUGAGCCCUCCCUAAAUUCUCUCCUGGUGCAGCCCUGGUGCUGGCUGGGAGCAGUGAGUACAUUAGAAUCGCCUUGCAGAGCUCCCACCAGCUCCCCCCGAGGGUGGCUGCCCAGCCGUGGGACCAGGUGGGUGCAGGAGGCAAGGGCUUUCUUAGGAGGGCAAGUAUGGGUGAGGUUGGGAGGAUCUCUGAAAUGCUAAGGGGAAAAAGUGAGGCUGCCUGUUUGUCAAACUCUCAAGCAAAAUGAGGUUCUUUUAGCCCCCAGUUGCAGUAGCCCUCACAAAAAACAGCUGUGUGAUUUCCUUCAUACAAAUAAUUACAAAGCUGCAACCAGUAAAUAAAGAAUGAAAUUAUCAAAGUGCAGUGAGCUCCUAGAGGAAGGUAGGAGUGCUCCAGCUGCAGUCCUGGCCUGUUACCAAUUUACCUCUCCCCUGGGGUUGCUGGUGAAAAGACUGAGCAUACGGGUGCUCCCUUUCACCUUUACCCAUCCACCUGUCCUGCAGGUGUGAAACUGUAGGAAAUUAGUGACCCUGACUUUGCCCAACACACUUGGAUUGGCCGAUGGGCUGAAAAACCUCAAGAAGCCCAGAUGAUACAGAACCAUGACCUCAUCUCUGGAGGAAUCCAGCUGACCUGCCAGAGCCUCUCUGCACAAGGGGCUUCUGCCAGGAGAGCAAGUGAUAACCCUGUGCCUGUGGGCAGAGGGGAAGAUGGUGCCUCAGCCCAGGAAAUGUUAGAAAGUCUUUUCCCCAAGCAGUGCCCAGAGCAGGCUUGCCCAGUUCUCUGCUUUCUUACUAUUAUUUGUUUGAAUAAUAGUUCAAUAGUUCUUUGUCAGAAGAGGUAUUCCCCUGGACAUACAUUUUUGCACCCAUUGGGAAAAACGAAGUCUGAUGUUCUGCCUCUACCUUGAAUGUAAUCCUGAAUCUUUCUGCUGUAACCACUACUUGUUUGUAAUGUGUAUUUGACUAGCACGCACUCUCCCUCUUCCACUAUGCAGCAAACGGCGAGGGGUGAUCAGCACCAUCAGAACUGGAUGGUGUUGGGGCAUCAGAUCCAGAGCAAGUUUUCAACUGGAAAAGGAUAAAAGUGACAAGUUAAUGGGGGAGAGAAUCGAUCUUUAAAUUGAAUUAUUUUUUCAGUUACAAAUAUUUGAAAAAAAAAUCCAUUUUAUUAAAAAAAUUCCAAACA